GGUUUUUUAAGGUUUUGUUUACUUUUAAAAAAUAAAUCUUUAUAUCAAUGAAAUAAUAUGACUGAAAAUUAUGAAAAUGGUGUUAAAAGUGGAAAUGAACAAAUUAUUGUUGAUGAUGGAAAGUUAAACCCCGUCUGUUCACCAAGUAAGCAAAGUCAAAAUUUAACUCUGUCAUGGAAUGAGAAUACUGAAUCUGCAGAAAUUGGUAAAAAUAAAGAAUGUCAACGACAUUACAGUGAGCAAAAUAGAAAAAAAUCAAAACUUAAUGAAGCAGAAAGAAGAAAAAGGAUACAAUGCUUAAAAGAUAUUGCAGAAUAUUGUAGAGUAGAAUUAAAUGUAGAAAAUAUAAUAGAUACUAACUCUCAGAGUUCAUCAGAUUUGGACGGAACACAAGAAAUCAUUCAGGAAAGUGAGCAAACCUCUUUAUGUGGUAUUUCAAGUUUGAAUGAGAAAUCAAAUCAAGGAAGUGAGCAAAUGCCUCACAUACUCUUAAGCCAGACUGAAGAAUCAAUUGAUGGAUGUGAGCAAAAAAUAUUUAAUGGAUCCCUGUGUACAAAUGAAAAUUCUAGCCAAAACGAACCAACUAAGAAAAAAGAUGCUCUUCUAAAACUUCAAAGAAAGAGAGAACGACAGCAGAGGUACAGGGAGCAGAAUAGAGAAAAAUUAAAAAAGCGUGAGGCAGAAAGAAGAAAACGAAAGCAAUGCCUACAAAAUAUUGCAGCAUAUCUUAAAGUAGAGUUAAAUGAUGAAGAUAAAUCUGAAACAACACUGAAUAUAGAAGGAUCGAGGUUAUCCUAUAUUGAAAGGCGUAUGGAAUCUAAAUUAGAAAAAAAUAGAGAACGUCAAAAAAGAUACAGGGAGCGGAAAAAAGAAAAACUUAAGCAACUGAAAGCUGAAUGUCUACAAAGUCCAGAAAUAAUUGCAGAGUUGUUGAGGGAAAACAAUAAAAAGAAGGAAUGGCAACAAAGAUACAGAGAAAAGAACAGAGAAAAAUUAAGACAGCGUGAAAAAGAGAGAAGAAAACGCGUGCAAUGUUUACAAAAGAUUGCAGAAAUUUGUAAAUUAGAGUUAGACGAUCAAGGAGUAUUAGAAUCUAAUGUUCAAAGUUCGUCCGCCUCGGAACAAUCUGGUUUAGGACAAUUUGGUGAAUUUGGCUUAGAUCACUUUGCAUUUAAGUUUGAUAUGCAAAAAGUUUUGACGCAACCACCUGACGCUCUAAAUGAAAUCCCAACAAUGUAAAUUAAACUUUGUUAUUAAUCAUUCUUAAAGUCGUAGGUCAUGGUUGUGUAUAGUAUUAGAAUAAGAAAAAAUGUUCCAAUAUUGGACUCAAAGACAUUCCACUUUUGGCUUUUACAGCAAGUUAAUGAAGCUAUAUUGAAAUGCCAUUACGUAAAAUUACAUGAAUUUCGUUUAGUUCCUUGCCUCACUAAAUAUUUUUACAAAUGUGAGAUAUUGCCCAAAAAUUGUAAUGCUACAGAAUCAUUAAAGUAUUUGUUAUCGGUUGUAUUAUUGAAUAGGUGUUAUUG